AUGAGUUAUUCAGGUGAAUGUUUGUUGCAACUUGCACAACGUUGCGUGAAGCACUCAAAACAAUUGAAGCAAAUUCAUUCUCUUGUAAUCACUAAUGGUUACCUCCUUUUUCACCAUAACAAAUGGAUGCCAACACUUCUCUACAAUGCUUUCAUAAGAGCCUAUCAUGUUCAAAACCACAACAAGGUUCUUGUCAUUUUUACUCACAUGCUUUCAAACAAUGUCUCACCCAACACACACACUUUUCCUCCUCUCCUUAAGUCAUCACCUCGUUCUCUUGUCACGUCUCUUCAUUCUCAAGCCCUUAAACGUGGGAUCUUAUCUGACCCUUUUGUAGUUACUACUCUUCUUGUACUCUAUGCAAAAAACAACAACCUUGUUUGUGCACAAAAGGUGUUUGAGGAAGUUCCUCUCUUUUGUAUUGUUGCUUCCAAUGCAAUGAUCAAUGCUUUUUCAAUGAAUGGUAACAUGGAGUGUGCUUUGUUGCUUUUUCAAUCCAUGCCUUACCGGGAUGUCGUUUCGUGGACUACUAUGGUUAAUGGUUAUGCUGUGAAUGGGAGUUUCGGUGCUGCAAUUCGGUGUUUUGGGAGGAUGAUGACUCAUAAGGAUGUUGUUGGUUGUUUGGUGAAACCAAAUGAGGCUACUUAUGUUAGUCUGAUAUCCUCAUGUGCUGGUUUAGAAGGAAAGGCUGCUCUUGAUUUUGGAAGGCAAAUUCAUGGUUACAUAUUGGUGAAAGGGGUUGAUUUGGGAGUUUUUGUUGGAACUUCUUUGAUAAAUCUUUAUGGAAAGAUGGGGUGUUUGAACUAUGCUGUGAAUGUUUUUAGAGUAAUGGUUAAAAGAGAGGUUUGUACUUGGAAUGCAAUGAUUUCUUCACUGGCUUCCAAUGGUAGAGAGAAGGAGGCACUGGAUUUGUUUAAAAAGAUGAAGAAGCGUCAAGGGUUGCAACCGAAUAGCAUUACGUUUGUGGCAGUUCUUACGGCAUGUGCUCGUGGGAGGUUUGUUAGGGAUGGAUUGGACUUGUUUGGAUCGAUGACGAGUGAGUUUCAAGUAGUGCCAGUAAUGGAGCACUAUGGAUGUGUGGUUGAUCUUUUGGGAAGAGCCGGUCAUAUUCAAGAAGCUGCUGAUAUCAUAAGAAAUAUGCCUUUUCAGCCUGAUGAAUCAGUAUUUGGUGCAUUUUUGGGUGCAUGUAGGAUUCAUGGAGCUAUUGAACUUGGAGAAGAAAUAGCGAAGGAGAUGCUUAAAUUGCAGACACAACACUGUGGCCAAUACUUGUUAUUGUCCAGCAUGAAUGCUGAGAAAGAAAGAUGGGAUCAUGCUGCUGAUCUGAGGAAAGAAAUUAUGGAGGCUGGAAUUCAAAAAAUUCCAGCAUUUAGUAUGGUUCAUUUAACAUAA